GAACAGCAGCAAUACUGGUACCAGCAGCACCUGCUUAGCCUGCAGCAAAGGGCAAAAGCCCAUGCUCAGGGACAGCAGCAAAUGAAAGGUCCAGUAGUGAAGGAUGCAUCUGAGCAAAGAACAAAAUCUGAAGAAGGGAAAAUGAGUGCUUCAGCUCAGCAGUCUGAACCUCCUCCACUUAAUGAAUCCCUUCCUCCAGCUUCCAAAGAAGAAGAUUCUUCUCUUACAUCCACUGAAACUCAGCUCAAUAUUGAACCUCCUGAUGACCCUGAGGAAGAUUUGAGAUUGCAGCAGUUGCAAGCAGCAGCAGCUCAAUGGCAGCAGCAUCCCCAUCAGCGAGUUGGGUUUCAGUAUCAGAGGAUAAUGCAGAAGCAUGCCCAGCUGCAGCAGAUAGUACAGCAGUACCAACAGAUCAUGCAACAGCCUCCACACAUACAGACAAUGUCAGUGGAGAUGCAGCUGCGACAUUAUGAGGCACAGCAAAAACAGUUCCAGCAGCUACAUAAAGAUUGGGAGCGAUCAAUGAACCAACAGUGGCAGCACCAGCUUCAAACCUACCCUCACAAAGACCAGCUUCAGGAGUAUGAGAAACAGUGGAAAGCGUGGGAUGAACAGAUGAAGGUCACUCAGUCCCAUCUGCAGGAGAAAGUGAGCUCACUCCAAAAUCUGAAGAAUCAGUAUCCUGCAAAUGUUUCGCUGCCACCUCCGUUUGUUCCGUAUUCUCAAACCCCUCAAGGACUUCCACCUCUCUCUUCUGUUUCUCAGUUGUCUAAUUCCUCUGUCCCUUCAGGAUCCAGUUCUCAAAGCAGUCAGUCUACUGAGACACCAAGGCCAGCUCUGCUUCCCACCCCUGGUACCUAUGCAUCAAAAAUGGCUAGUUCAACUGUCUAUUCACCUUAUCAUUCUCAAGUAAGUUCGUCCUUUGGCUCUUCAGACCACGGAAAGUCUCAACCUCAUCUUAGUAAACAAACUGUCUCUAUGUCAUCUGAGCAAGGAUGUGGGGAACUGAAUGCCACUUCUCUGGGGUCCUCCUCACACACACCUUCCAUGCAGGAUAAACCAGUGAGGUCGGGUGGAUUGCUUCCAGAUCCGCCCAGAUCAGCACGCUUCGAAGGCCCCAGAGGACCGAGAUUCGAUGGACCUCGAGGAAGAGGAUAUGACAAAUUUGAAGGCUCGAGACAGCGAGGCCCUCGUUUCGACUCCCAGCGCUCAGAAGGAUACAGAUCACGUUUUGACCGACAGAAUACGGAUGGGCAGUCUUCAAGUAGAUGGGGGACUGUCCCACGAGGACCAGCAGGACAGUUUUAUACUUCAAAUGCAUCACAUGGACACGGUUCCCGACCUAGUGGUCCACGGUGGAGGGGGCCCAGGCCUCAUUUAGGACAGCAGCAGCAGCACCAGUCACAGACAGACUCGCAGUCGGAAAACAAAGAACCUUUCACAGAUGUAGCUGGCGAUCAGCAGACUGUAGGCAGAACCCAGUCUGCUCCUGAUGCACCGAGUGCAGGUCCCAUUGAACCAAAUGAGGACCUGACAAACACUCAGCAGGAGCCAUCCAAACCUGAAGUCAAAGAAACUAUUUCAGACCCUCCUAAAAAGUGGACAUGGAGUUCACAUGAUCCUAACCAGCAAGUAGAAGAGCCCAAAGCGCCUACUCCACCUGUUCAGAACCAGAAAUCAACAUCCCUUUCUAGUAACCCUGCAGCUUUGCAGUCAGAGGGCAGGGGGAUGGCCGUGGCUGGGGAAUGGGCCGUGGCCGAGGGAUGGGACGGAUGGACGGUGGCCGAGGGAUGGGACGGAUGGACGGUGGCCGGGGAAUGGGAAGAAUGGACGGGGGUUGGGGAAUGGGCAGGAUGGAUGAAGGCCGUGGCCGAGGAUGAAUGGACGAAGGCCGGGGCCGAGGCUACGUAUACAGAGGCAGAGGGCAGGCUCGGCAGGCAUCCAUCCGUGGCAGGGGGAUGUUCAGGAGAGCAGGCAGCAGGGAGAGGAUGCCGGACAGGCGGUCAGGCAGCAGGGAGAGGAUGCCGGAUGGACGGUCUGGCAGCCGAGAGCUCUAGCCGAGACAGAGAGCUGGCUGGGCGGACAGGCAGCCGGGACAGAGGCCGGGCAGGGAGCCGGGAGAGGGGCCUGGUCAGACGGGCAGGGAGCCGGGAGAGGGAGCCCAUGCGGCGGGCAGGGAGCCGCGAGAGGGAACCCAUGCGGCGGGCAGGGAGCCGCGAGAGGGUCCCAGUCAGGCGGGCAGGAAGCCGCGAGAGGGUCCCUGUCAGACGGGCAGAUAGCCACGAGAGGGGCCUGGUCAGGCAUGCAGGGAGCCGCGAGAGGGGCCCCAUCAGGAGGCCAGGUAGCCGGGAGAGGGAAGCAGGAAGAUCCGAAACAGGCAACAUAGAUAAACCCAUGCACUUAGGAGAUGAUCCUGACAAACUGCCUCCCUACCAUCGAGAUGAGACACUCAGAGGUUCUUGGAGUCAUGAAGAGGAUAGGAUGCAGGAGGAAUUCCCUUUAGAUACUCAGGAUGACCCUUCUUUGGAGCAUGAGCGAUUGGAUGACUGGGAAAGAGAACGAUACUGGAGAGAUCACAACUCUGAUUAUCAGGAUGAUUCUGUAGAUGUGUAUGACAGAGAUGACAGGUUGCAAUCCCACCAUUCAUUGCCUCCAUUAUCUCCCCUACCACCGCUACCUCCUUUAUCGUCUGAUCAUGACAGACGAGAUUCAUGGUGGGAUGACUGGAAAAGGCCAAGAGAGAGGGAAUUGGAGAGAGAUCUAGAUAGAACUGGAAGGUCCUCAGAUAUUUAUGAUCAAGAAUUAGACAGAGAAUGGAAUAGAGACUGGGACAUGAGACCCAUGGAUGACAGAGAAAUGGGGAAUCGUGACCUGGAUAUCCCCCCUCUACCACCAUUACCACCUCUUCCACCUCUGGACAGAUACUGUGAAGAUAGGUGGAGGGAGGACAGGAACAGAGAUCAUUAUGACAGAGACCUCCGAGACAGGGGAGAGCUGAGGGUUCGAGAGUAUCCAGAGAGAUAUGACACAUGGCGGGAGAAGCAGGACUACCUUCCUGAAAGGACCGAUUGGGAGAGAGAACGGUUGUCGGACAGGUGGUACCCAGAUGAUGGAGACAGACUGCGGUCUUUGGAUGAUCAUUCAGAUUCAUCCCUUCCUCUGCCUUCACAUUCCUCUGAUAUGUUGGGAGCGGAUUCAAACUUGGACCCUGACCAGUCCUUGGGAGGAGUGAUGGUCCUUAGCCAAAGACAACAUGAAAUAAUUCUGAAGGCUGCCCAGGAGCUAAAAAUGCUUCGAGAGCAAAAAGAACAGCUACAGAAGUUGAAAGAAUUUAAACCUGACAUUUCCACGCAGGACUCGCCGAGACCACAGAACACAACUGCAAGGCCUGGUGCCUUUCAGGUCUCUUCUCAGCUAUCUUCAGAGGCACCAGUAGAAGCCCAAGCUAUUAAACCUUCUCCUGCUGUUAUUAUAAAGCCUCCCGUGUUGUUCAGACAGCCCACCCCUGUGACAAGACCAAGUGCCCCACUGGCAAGGCCUGCUACACCUAUGACAAGGCCACAUGCUCCAGUUUCUGCUCCAACUACAACCCCAAGUCAUGGUCAGUCUUUAAAACCAUCACCUUCUACUGUGGAACAGGAACGCUGGGAUGAGGAUUCUUUCCACGGUCUCUGGGACACAAAUGAGGAUAAAGGAGCAAAUAUGGAGUACGAGUUGUGUAAACAGGAGUCAACGAUGCCUCCACCGGUCUCCUCGCCUGCAAAAGUCCCGGCUGUUCACACCUCUGUCCCAUCAGCUGUACCAAUGUCCCUUCCGCCAGUUAUUCCACCAGUUCCCAAAGCACCUGUAAUUCAGCAAACUGUGGAUUAUGGCCACGGGCGAGAUAUAACCACCAGUAAAGUGGAACAGAUUCCAUAUGGAGAGAGGGUAACCCUGCGUCCGGAACCUCUACCAGAGAGGCAAACAUUUCAAAAAGACCACCCCGGUCGUUACAACAGAGAUCGUGAGCCUUAUUUUGAACGUCAAGGUAAUUCCAACACAGAUCAUAGGGAUUUCAAGAGAGAGCGGGAAUUACACAGAGACCGAAGUUCUGUGGACUAUGAACGAGAAAGAUUUGACAAAGAGCGUCAUCCCCGAGAUGAUAGGACUCAGUCUUACCGUGACAAGAAAGACCAUCCCGUCUCCAGGCGGGGUGGUUUUGAAAGACCACCGUAUGAACGAAAGACAGACCGUCCGGCGUAUGAUCAUGGGCCUUCUAUGUUUGGAGGUGAUCGUAGAAAUUACCCAGAGGAAAGGAUGCCUAUUUCUGCUCCAUCAAUGCCCCGUCAACCACCACCUGCUCCACGGGUGGAAAGGAAGCCAGAAUCUAAAAAUGUAGAUGAUAUUUUGAAGCCACCAGGACGGGAUAGCAGGCCAGAGAGGAUUGUAAUCAUAAUGAGAGGAUUGCCUGGCAGUGGGAAGACUCAUGUAGCAAAACUCAUCAGGGAUAAGGAAGUAGAGUGUGGAGGACCUGCACCAAGAGUGCUCAGCCUGGAUGACUAUUUUAUCACUGAAGUGGAAAAAGAAGAAAGAGACCCAGAUACAGGGAAAAAAGUGAAAAAGAAGGUGAUGGAGUAUGAAUAUGAAGCUGAUAUGGAAGAGACCUAUCGUACCAGCAUGUUUAAAACUUUCAAAAAGACCUUGGAUGAUGGCUUCUUCCCCUUCAUUAUCCUUGAUGCUAUCAAUGAUAGGGUGCGACAUUUUGAACAGUUUUGGAGUGCUGCAAAAACCAAGGGUUUUGAGGUGUACUUAGCUGAAAUGAGUGCAGAUAACCAGACAUGUUCCAAGAGGAAUAUUCAUGGACGCAAGCUAAAGGAAAUCAGCAGGAUGUCUGAGCACUGGGAGGCAGCACCACGUCACAUGAUGCGCCUGGACAUUCGUUCUCUAUUGCAGGAUGCUGCUAUCGAAGAGGUGGAGAUGGAGGAUUUUGAUGCAAAUAUUGAAGACCAGAAAGAGGAAGUUAAGAAGGAUACAGCAGAGGAGGAAGAAAGUGAACUGGGUUACAUUCCGAAAAGCAAAUGGGAGAUGGACACUUCUGAGGCAAAGCUAGACAAGCUGGAUGGUUUGCGGACUGGCACUAAAAGGAAACGUGACUGGGAAGCAAUUGCCAGCAGGAUGGAAGAUUAUCUACAGCUUCCAGAUGACUAUGAUACACGUGCUUCUGAACCUGGAAAGAAAAGGGUGCGGUGGGCAGACCUAGAAGAAAAAAAAGAUGCAGACAGGAAAAGGGCCAUUGGUUUUGUUGUUGGACAAACAGACUGGGAAAAGAUAACAGAUGAAAGUGGUCAUCUUGCUGAGAGAGCCCUCAACCGCACCAAGUAUAUUUGAAAAAGUGGUUAAAUGGAAUUUUGUGCCUUUAAGGCCAUUUGCUCUGGGGAGAAGAGAACCAAGGUGUCAUGAGCAUCUUGCAUGGGUCAUGUCACUCCCACCUUCACAGUUUUUCUUUGUUAUUUUAGUUUCAGCAGUUUUCUUGAGAUAUUGGCAGAUAACCAGUGCCCUCAAAAAAACCCAACGAAUCCCGCUGCUCCUAAGUGAGGGAGUCAGUUUACUUUUUAAUAUUUUUGGAGGGGAGGGAGGGGGAGGGCCAGUAGUUUUAGCUGCUAUUUGUGGGAUAAAGUGGAAGAAUUAGACAGACGUUACCUCCACUGUACUGUCACAGAAUGUUUAUCACCUUUGCUUUGUGGCUGUUCUCGUUUUAUACUGUAUGUACCUUGUAGCUUAUUGUAUUAGGAAGCAGAACAAUAAAUUUCACGAUGAACU